CCUACUCGGGAAUAAAAUUACUAAACAAGCUCCCACAAGGAAAAAAAAAAAAAAAAAACUGCGAGCGUAUCUGAGAAGUUAUUUUCGCGCCUCGUAUCAAAGAGACUAGAGUUUUUGGUAUUAUUUCUUCAUUCAUAGUUCUGAACUUCUCGUAAAUUUAUAACGCAGAGAGAGUACAAGCGGCGUGGACGAAUUGGAAGAGACCGUGAGAAAAUGCAAGGCCGAAAACAGUCAAAGCGACCCAAAAAAUCUUCAGGUAUAGAAGAUGCUGGUGAUGCCAUACCAGAUUCAGGAGGAAGCUGUUCACAGACCAGUACUGACAGAGGAACUUUAGCCAAUGUUUCAAGGAUGGCUGUGGGCAAGCUUCUAAGUCGUGCAUCUGGACGUCGUUUGUCAGGAAAAAGGAAACAUGCUCUGCAUCCAUGUGAUUUGCCAAAAUCUACCGUUGGAAAAGAUGAAAAUGCUGCUAUGGACAAGAAGGUGAAAUUAGAGGCUGAGACGUGCAUUGAAAAUGUAAUAGUGAGCUGUUCCAUGGACGAUGAUGUUCGUGAAGUAAAUUUGCAGAAUCCUGUAUCGGAAGUCUUAGAAGAUUUGGAUGAUUCCGAUUGGGAAGAUGGUUGUGUUCACACUUUGGAUGGAACAGAGUCUCAUCCAUUGACUAUUGAAUUCAGUGAGAUGCAGCAGACCCCUGACUCUACCAGGAGGAAACCUAUUCGUCGAGCUUCUGCUGCUGAUAAGGAAAUUGCAGAGUUUGUGCAUAAAGUUCAUUUGCUUUGUUUACUUGGACGGGGGAGAUUAAUUGACCGAGCUUGCAAUGACCCUAUUAUUCAGUUUCUGCUGGUGGAAGAAAUACAAGGUCAUAUCAUUUCUUUUGUCCUGAGGACAAUUAGUUUGUUAUUGCAGUCUGCUUUGCUUUCUCUUCUUCCAGCACAUUUACUGAAGAUCUCACCAGCCAAGCAACUGACAGCCAGCUCUCUGAAACCCCUGGUUACUUGGUUACAUAACAAUUUCCGUGUUCGAAACCAAACUAGGUCGGAGUGUUCUAUUGAUUCAGCUCUAGCUCGUGCUCUUGAAACGCAUGAAGGGACUUCAGAGGAGAUUGCUGCAUUGACCGUGGUGCUUUUUAGAGCUUUGGAUCUAACAACCAGGUUCGUAUCCAUUUUGGAUGUUGCUCCUAUAAAACCAGAGGCCGAAAGAUCUAAAUAUAGCCAAGAGACAAGCAGAUCAAGUAGGAACCUUUUCAAGAACUCAACUUUGAUGGUAGAUAAAGCAGAACCAGUUGAUAAAGAUUCUCCUCCACGUUGUCUUGACAAGAAGGAUAAUCUCCGUAAAAGUACUUCUGGUGAUAAUUGUGAAAGCAAUGCAGUUCAUUUAGCAGGCAAGAAAACGCAUGUCCCUGAUGAGUUGUCUUGCACCACAAGUUCCAGUUGCAACACAAAACCUGAUAUCCCUGAAACCUUCCCCCCUAAUAACUCUCAGGUACUGAAGAGGAAGGGGGAUAUUGAGUUUGAAAUGCAGUUACAAAUGGCUCUCUCCGCUACAGCAGUUGAGACUAUGCCUAGAAAUUCUAGCAUAAAUUACUCAAAUGGGCCUCCUUUGAACUUUCCUUCACCUAAAAACCUGAAAAGAACUGUUAAUGAAGAAUCUGCCUCUUCUUCUCAUGGAAUCUCCACUGCUGUUGGUUCAAGUAAGGAGGGAUCUCCCUUGUAUUGGGCAGAAGUAUACUGCAAUGCGGAGAACUUGACAGGUAAGUGGGUACACAUUGAUGCUGUAAAUAUGGUUGUUGAUGGAGAGCACAAAGUGGAGGAUUUAACUGCUGCAUGCAAAACAUCUUUGAGCUAUGUGGUUGCUUUUUCUGGGCUUGGUGCUAAAGAUGUGACUCGCAGAUAUUGUAUGAAGUGGUACAAGAUAGAAACAAAACGAGUUAAUGCUCUUUGGUGGGAUAAUGUAUUGGCACCGUUAAGGAUACUUGAAGGACAAGCUGUGGGGGGCACUGGUCACUUGGAAAAGAGCUGCAUUGAUGGCUUGAUGGAACAAGAUAAAUUGAACAUGUCAGAUUUGUCAGAUAACUUGAAGCAGAAAAAUCUUCUAGAUGCUGGUAACCAGCCAGGGAAGUCGGAUCACAAUGUGUCAGAAGAGCUCGACACUAACCGAGACUCUUUGGGUAAUCAAUUUGUUGCUACCAGAGACCAUCUUGAGGAUAUAGAAUUGGAAACUCGGGCUCUUACUGAACCUCUUCCAACUAAUCAGCAGGCCUACAAAAACCACCGUUUAUAUGCCCUUGAAAAAUGGCUAACUAAGUAUCAGAUGCUUCAUCCAAAGGGUCCUGUUCUGGGUUUUUGUUCUGGACAUCCAGUUUACCCUAGAACAUGUGUCCAAAUGCUUAAGACAAAGCAAAAGUGGUUGCGUGAGGGACUGCAAGUCAAAUCUAAUGAACUACCUGUUAAGGAGUUGAAACGUUCCAUGAAGAAAAUCAAAAUACUAGAAUCUGAAGCUGAUGACUUUGAUCAGGGUGAUUCUCAAGGAGUCAUUCCACUCUAUGGGAAGUGGCAGUUAGAACCAUUGCAACUGCCUCGUGCUAUUAAUGGGAUUGUACCAAAAAAUGAGCGUGGUCAAGUGGAUGUGUGGUCUGAGAAGUGCCUUCCACCAGGAACUGUGCACAUCAGGUUGCCCAGGGUGUUCAGAGUUGCCAAGAGGCUGGAAAUUGAUUAUGCACCUGCCAUGGUUGGCUUCGAAUUUCGAAAUGGUCGAUCAUAUCCUAUUUAUGAUGGGAUUGUGGUCUGUUCUGAGUUUAAAGAUGUAAUAUUAGAGGCAUACACUGAGGAAGCAGAGAGAAUGGAGGCUGAAGAGAGAAGACAUAGAGAAAAACAAGCUAUUUCAAGAUGGUAUCAGCUUCUUUCAUCCAUCAUAACUCGGCAAAGGUUGAACAGCCGUUAUGGGGACAGUGAGAAUCCAUCACAAGUGGUGAGUGAUGUUCGGAGCACGCAUGACAAGGGAAAUGCAGAUAUUCGUAUCCCUUCUUGUCAAGAUGAUGCAGAACCUUUCGAGCACCAGCAGGAUAACGUAAGUAACACUAAUAUGGAUGCUCCAUCUUUUAUCAAUCAAGAUCACAAGCAUGUGUUUUUGUUAGAGGAUCAGAUUUUUGAUGAGAAAAGUUUGGUAGUGACAAAACGCUGCCAUUGUGGCUUUUCUGUCCAAGUCGAGGAAUUAUAGCAAUGUUAGUGUUUUAGUUGGAUCUUUUUCCAUCUACUCAUUGGUAAGGUUAAUAUUGUUGAUGUCUGUAAAGUUCUGUAGUGUAAUCUUCUCAGAAUGACAACCGAAAAUCAAAACAAAUUAGCAUAUAUAUAUUAUAUAUAUAUAUAUUGUAGUAGAAUCACUUCAUUCU